AGAAAGAAGUCACCUCUUCCAGGUGCAUGUCUUAGUUUUCAACUGAGCACAUGGCAUCAGCUGCUACACCAGCAUCUCCUUCUACCAAGGAGACAACCAACUAUGCCCGACUCUGUCGCCUUCUGGUGGAUGUUGGAUCCCAAGCCUUGAGAGACACUUUUGAUGCCAUUCACCCUCCAGUAGGACUUCAUACAGUUUUGGGGCGUCACCCAGAGCAUGCAACACUUAAGUAUCUAAAGAGCAAGAGGGUCUUGAAUGCAACACAAUGGGGGAAACUGUAUCCAGCUAUUCCAUCAUCUGUUUCAUCGGCAGGGUUUGAUAUCACACUACUGAUGGUUUUACUGAGGAACAUCUGUGGGAUAGCUCCUCCCAGCACUGGAUGGGACAGACUUCCCCCGUCUACAGAUCUGAGUAAGCAGGCCAACAUCGCCAGGCUGAAAUACUACCGUAAUACUGUGUGUGGCCAUGCCAGCCAAGCCUCUUUGGACGAUGUUGCAUUCAACAACUACUGGCUGGACAUUAGCAAUGCCAUAGUAGGAAUGGCAGGAGCGUGUUAUGGAGCUGCUAUCAGUAAGCUUAAGAUUGAGGGUAUGGACCCUGAUACUGAAGAACACUACAGGCAGCUGCUGAAGCAGUGGAAGGAAGAUGAAGACAAUGUUAAAGAAAAGCUCCAAGAAAUUGAAGAUAAUCUUAAUCAGGUGAGAUGUGAGGUCGGAAAUAUUGUGGAAAAAUUGGAUACGAUCAUGGCUCGACAACAGGAAACAAAGGAUCGAGAUAAAGUGACGAAUGACUUUGACUGGAUGAGAACUGAAGUUGGAAAUCUACGUGACAAGCUGGACACUUUAAUGGCACGACAACAUGAAGCACAAGAUCAGGAAAAAAUGACAAAUGACAUUGAUCAGGUGUCAAGUUUAAUGAUGGCCCGACAAGAGGAAACACAGCAUCAAGGGGACGUCAAAAAUUACCUUGAUCAAAUCAAAAUUGAUUUUGGAAACAUGAGUCACAGGUUGGACGAUUUGGUAGCACAACAAAGAGAAACAAAGCAGCAAGGUGAAGACCAACGUGAGAGAUUCUUCGACGUCAUUCUCCACAAUCAAUCUAAUGUUCUUCUAGUACUCGAUGGAUUGGAUGAAGUUUCUGAGAAGAAGCUACCUAUGUUUUCGCAAAUUAUUCAAGGCCGUGUAUUGCCAAACUGUCGCGUGGUUGCUACGGCACGACACGAAGCUGGAGUGAAAGUUCGAAAAUACUGCGACACGCUGCUAGAGGUUGAGGGAUUUACUAGAGAAGAUGUAGUAACCUUCGUCACAAAUUACUUUAGAGCCGAACCAGAAUUGGCCGGGCAGCUUAUCGAACACCUGCAUGAUGAUUACAACUUAUAUAAAAUAUCGACGAAUCCUCUCAACACUGCGCUUCUUUGCCUGGUCUAUGAAGAUUUGAAAGGCAUAGCUGCUGGCAAAAAAUAUCGCCAUCAACUGAAAGAAGUGCUUCUGUUUACAUUUGGUAUGCUAGCAGCACGAUGCGAGGAAACAGUGGUGAACCUUCUAAAAAGCAUAGCAACACAGUUAAACCAGGAAAAAGAGGAAGACGUGGACGUUAUAUUAGAGUGUGUUAAUGAAUGCAAAAAGAAGAACAAAAAUGUUGAUGAAAAACUGGCUACCGCUUUUGGCGCUUCUCUUCAAACUGAAACUGUUGAAGUUUCAAGUGUAAAAGUGGAUGAAACUCUAGCUGUCUUUUUAAGCAACUUUCUGAAAACAAAUACAACUGUGACAAAAUUAAAAUUGAAAAAAUCUUCGCAAGAUGGGGUUGCCGCUCUUGCAGAGUGUUUGAAAUAUAACAAAUCCCUGACAACGUUGGAUUUGAAUGAUAAUGGAAUUGAUGCUGAUGGUGCUGCUGCUCUGGGUGAGUGUUUGAAAUAUAACAAAUCGCUGACAACGUUGGAUUUGAGUGAAAAUGUAAUUGGUGAUGAUGGUGCUGCUGCUCUGGGUGAGUGUUUGAAAUAUAACAAAUCGCUGACAACGUUGGAUUUGAGUUAUAAUGAAAUUGGUGAUGAUGGUGCUGCUGCUCUGGGUGAGUGUUUGAAAUAUAACAAAUCGCUGACAACGUUGGAUUUGAGUCUUAAUGAAAUUGGUGAUGAUGGUGCUGCUGCUCUGGGUGAGUGUUUGAAAUAUAACAAAUCGCUGACAACGUUGGAUUUGAGUUUUAAUGAAAUUGGUGAUGAUGGUGCUGCUGCUCUGGGUGAGUGUUUGAAAUAUAACAAAUUGCUGAAAACGUUUGAUUUGAGUUAUAAUGAAAUUGGUGAUGAUGGUGCUGCUGCUCUGGGUGAGUGUUUGAAAUAUAACAAAUCGCUGACAACGUUGGAUUUGAGUGGUAAUGGAAUUGAUGAUGAUGGUGCUGCUGCUCUGGGUGAGUGUUUGAAAUAUAACAAAUCGCUGACAACGUUUGAUUUGAGUGAUAAUGAAAUUGGUGAUGAUAGCGCUGCUGCUCUGGGUGUUACGUAGGAGUGUCAUCCUCAUUUGACAAUACUUGCAAUAAAUUGAACCCUUGUAGGACAUGGCUACCUUGCCUUAUGACCAACUUUAAGAAGCGUUUACGUCAGGAAUAAGCAGCGAUUAAUGACUCUGACCUUGAACAGGGUAAAUGUACAGUAGCUUCCAUUUAUCGAUAUCAGUAUUAGUAUAAGAGUUACGUAGCAUCUGUUUGCCACGAUUAUUUACUUUUGUAAGAGCUUUUAUAAAAGCGUGUACGUUUAGUCAAGAGACCGUUACACUUUAUUACAAUCUUAUCCACACAACUUUUACCUUGUCACGUUUAAUGGAUAAAGCUGUUAAAAGAAACUAUGCUUCAUCUGUAACGCGCGUGCGUGUAAACCACCAGAUUAUCCACGCGAGGAUAAUUUGGAAACAUUGGACUGCUUCGGAUUUUGUUGUAGUUGAAAAUCGGAUGUAAUAUUUUUGUCUUUAGUAAUAAAUUCUGCUCAUAUAUAUAUAUUUUCUAGAGGGACUGCCAUAAUUGGUUAAAGGUUAGAGUAAUUAUUCUUUGGUGAUCAGUUACUUGAUUCUCAUAAACUUACUUUAGUGUGAUAAUGUGCUGACACUUUUAAGUCCUGUGAGAAAUUUGUAGUUGAUAAUUCUUAGGUGCAAAGAGUUAAUUAAUAGAGUUGUAGCCAUGUUGUAUGGUAAGACUCUUUAUGAUAACUACAUGAAGCUUUGUUGUAGGCUGUGAAGAACAAUUUAUUUUUCGAAGUGACCUCUUUUUAGAAAAGUUGUCACAAGAUAUUUUUUAAUUUUGUAAGGGUAUGUUUACUUGAACCAUUUAUGUGUUUCUUAAGACGUAACUGAUAUAA